GUAAAUGUACCCUGAUUAUUUCGUUCUCCGGCGAUUCCCGGUCUCAGAGAGAGAGAGAGAGAGAGAGAGAGGAAUGGCGACGGGGCACGAUGAACAUAUCGAAGCAGACAAUGCAGAGGCCAUAAUCACCAGAAUCGAGCACAAGACUCGAAAGAUCGAGAGCUUACUCAAACAGCACAAGCCCGUGGAAGCCCUCAAGACUGCUCUCGAAGGCUCACCUCCCAAGACCAAAGACGAGAGAUGCAAGUCUGCGAAUUGGCUGGUGGUGCAUAGGGCUAUCAUGGCUAUAAAGGAUGUGGAUGGGAUGUUCUCUUCUCUUGAUCCUGAGUACUAUGAUAUUCUGAUGAAGUACUUAUACAGAGGCUUGUCCACCGGAGAUCGGCCCACAUGUGACCAAUGUUUACGGAUUCAUGAAAAGUUGACUCAGAGAGCUGGAUUAGGUUGCAUAUUACGUGCCCUAGCAGACACCGUGAAUACCGUUUGAUUCCCUAUUGUAUCAUUCAUGGGACUUAAAAAAGGAGGAUCACAUUCACUUGGUUAUUUUCCUUCCAAGAAUUAUGUGUGCCAAAUCCACCUGCUACUUUGAAAUGUCUACAACUGAUUAGCAAAUUCUCGAAAGAUACUUGCAUAGGUCUCACACAGGAGAUUCUCAGUGCUGCUGUUUAUAUCCUAAUUAAGACCACCUUUGUAUAUGAGAAAAUAUUCAAUGCAACUGCUGAUGGUUUUAUCAGUCAAUAUCAUGUUGCCGAUAUAUACAGAAUGCAACCAAACACAUGAUAGUGGACGACAGGAUAAAAUCUAA